AUGGAGCACUUUCCCCUUCUUUCCCAGAUCUCUUACUCUUACUUCGUCGACUUUAUGGACACUCCUGUACAGUUAUUGCUUUCGACUAAGACUCCUGGCCCGGCCGUGGUAGAACGAUUUGGAGCGAGUGUUUGCCCACGAGCACCAUUCUCGCGUCAUUCAAGCCUGACACGACCGACUGCGCCUCACCUUGUGCCGCCGCCCCCCACAGCCGAGAAUCUUGACUAUGCGGAGUUGCCGAUCAUCGACAUUUCACAAUUGAAGACGGCCACUGACGAGGAACGACUGAAGCUCGCUGUGGAGGUCCGGGAUGCGAUGCACGUUCAUGGUUUCUUCUACGUUGUUAAUCAUGGCUGGUCGCCGGAGCAGACAGCGAGGAUCUUCGACAUUGCAGACAUUCCAUUCAGCGCCGUUAGUGCAGAGGAGAAACAAGUAUAUGCCGGAAGAAUGAAAGAGGUGGGGUCGUACCAAGGGUACAAGCUGCGUCAGUAUUGGCACAUCGACAAUGGGGUCCACGAUCAGCUUGAGCACUAUAAUAUCAAUCGCGACAUAACCAAACGCGGCCACCCAGAAGCUGUGCGACCAUUCCUGCCCGAAAUUGAAGCUUUCGCCAGGCACAGUCAUUUCGACGUGCUGCACCCAGUGUUGCGACUGCUCGCGUUGGGACUGGAACUGGCGGAAGAAGAGCUGGUUGACAUGCAUGGGUUUGAUGCCGUCGGAGAGACGUAUGUGCGGUUCAUGAAAUAUUAUCCCCGCAGUCAGGAAGAAGAAAUGAAGACGAACAAUGUUUGGCUCAAGGGCCAUUCGGAUUUCGGCACGAUCACGGUGCUUUACAGCCAGCCAGUUGCCGCGCUGCAGGUUCUCGGGCCCGAUAACAAAUGGCGCUGGGUCCGGCACAUCGAUAAUGCGAUUGUCAUCAAUGCGGGAGACGCUCUCGAGUUCUUGUCUGGCGGGUUUUAUAAGGCAACGAUACACCGCGUUGUCCAGCCGCCUAAAGACCAGCAAGCGCUCACUAGGAUUGGUGCCUUUUAUUUCGGGAUGACGGACGACGCGGUAAAGCUGGCGCCGUUGUCUCAUAGUCCGGUACUUCAGCGCGUUGGGUUUGUCAGAAAGGUUGCCGAUAAGCUGGCGCCGACCAUGGAGGAAUGGAGGAAGGGGAGGACCAGCGCGUAUGGACAGAGCGAGCUGAAAGCUUCAGCCCUCGGGAAAACCGUCGAAGAAGAGGUUAUCAACGGCGUAGUCGUCAAGCAUUAUAGCUGA